CACUAAGACCGCCGCGGCUCCCUUUCCGCCCAGGGUGGAUUGCAGAAGCGGAGAGGAGGAGAGAUCUCCAGACACGAGAGGAGGUUAUAGGAAGAGGAUAAAAGCAAUGCUACAACAAGGAUAUAGCUGAGAGAGAGAAAGAGGGGCGAAGAAGAAAAGAGAAGGUGGUGGAUGAGGCCGUGUGGUGGGGAUACCUGACGAGACGCUGAGCGGGGGGAAAGGGGGGCCUUUCGCAGACCUUGUAUUGUCAGCCAGGCGUAAGGAAGCUUCCCCUCCAAGAUCGUUCCAAUGAACAUGUCAGUGUUGACUCUGCAAGAAUACGAAUUCGAGAAGCAGUUCAACGAGAAUGAAGCGAUUCAAUGGAUGCAAGAGAACUGGAAAAAAUCUUUCCUGUUUUCAGCUCUUUAUGCUGCCUUUAUAUUUGGUGGUCGACAUCUAAUGAACAAACGAGCAAAAUUUGAACUGAGGAAACCACUAGUGCUCUGGUCUCUGUGCCUGGCAGUCUUCAGUAUAUUUGGUGCUGUUCGAACGGGUGCUUAUAUGGUGUACAUUUUGAUGACCAAAGGACUGAAGCAGUCAGUUUGUGACCAGAGUUUUUACAAUGGACCUGUCAGCAAAUUCUGGGCUUAUGCAUUUGUGCUAAGCAAAGCACCAGAACUAGGAGAUACAAUAUUUAUUGUUCUUAGGAAACAGAAGCUUAUCUUCCUCCAUUGGUACCACCAUAUUACUGUACUGCUUUACUCUUGGUACUCAUACAAGGAC